AUGCUCAGCCGGCCCCAGGCCAGGGAGGUGGCCAGCAGGGACGACGCCGUCAUGUGGCUGUGGCGGGCGCACAAUGAGGUGAACGCGUGGCUGGCGAUCACAGAAGCCAAGUACGGCCACUCCACCUCAGGCGACCCCUCCGCCCCCAAGAUCCAGUGGCCCGGCCCCGCGGCCUGCCGCGCCUGCCGCGCCGCCGCCUCUGAAUCCGGCGGCGCGGCCGCCUGGGACGAGGCGGCCGUGCGCGAGUUCCUGCGCGCGUCGUACGGCGGCCCCGCGCCCGACGCGGGCGCGAGCUCCGGCGGCGGCGGGGCGCGGGAGGGGGGACGGCAGCAGCGGGGCGGCGGGUCGCCGGCGAAGACGGGGGCGUGGCUGGCGCUGGCGGCAGUCGGGGUGAUGGCGUUGUCAAUGGGCCACCGGCGCGGGAGGCGGCACGGUCCAAACAAGGUCUUGUGA